CUGCUAAGGGAGGGCUGGUGGCUCUCUAUGCUUCUCUCUGCCCGCCAUUUCCGGGGCUGAGCUUCCCGGGUCAGACGCUGCCGCCGCCUCCAUCGUGAGCCGGGAGCUCGGGCUGAGCCGCUGCCGCUGCCCAGCGGAGUGUGUGCGGGGAGAACCCUUCCCUAGCGCCCCUCGGGGCCCAGCCGGGGGGACUUUCUCCGGGGGCUGGAACCAGCCCCUGAGCCGGAGCCUGCAGGCUGCGGAAUAGGUCCCAGUCCAGGUUAUCCCACAUUCCUGAGUAACAGGGAAGGGACAUGGCUGCAGUGGAGCUGGUGACCUUUGAGGAGGUGGCUGUGUAUUUCACCAAGGGGGAAUGGGCUCUGCUGGACCCGGGUCAGAGAGCCCUCUACAGGGACGUCAUGCGGGAGAAUUAUGAGACCGUGACCUCGCUGGGUGAGGAGAUGGUGAACGAGAAUAAGGAGGAGAACCCUCAGCAGGAAGGUUCUGAACAACUGGAGCCACAUGGGAUGGCAUUGGGAAGAGCGGAAGGAGAUGUUUCCCAGAGACCUGAGUGGGGAGAAGCCCAUAAGAGUCAGCGCUGGUCAGAGAGACAGCAGGGAAACCACCAAAAGGAAAGACAGGAUAAGUCCAUGCAGAAUGUCAGAGGAGUUGGAAAAAUCAAAGAAUCUGUUCAGCAGAGAGUCCCCCCAGGAGAGAGACCUCACAUGUGUGGCAACUGUGGGAAAAGUUUCCCUUGGAAAUCAUUCCUUAUUAUUCACCAGAGAAUCCACACAGGAGAAAAACCUUAUAAGUGUCCUGACUGCGAGAAAAACUUCAGCCAGCGCUCAAACCUCACCAAACAUCAGAGAGUCCACACAGGAGGGAAGCCUUACAAAUGUCUUGAGUGUGGGAAAAGCUUCAGUUGUAGCUCAACCCUCACUGCACACCAGGUAAUCCACAUGGGAGAGAGACCCUAUAAAUGCCAUGAGUGUGGAAAAAGCUUCAGUGAUAGAUCCACCUUCAGUACACACCAGAGAAUUCACACGGGUGAGAGACCCUAUAAAUGCCUGACCUGUGGGAAAAGUUUCAGGGAUCGGUCAACCUUUAAUAAACACCAGAGAAUCCACACGGGAGAGAAACCACAUAAAUGCCCCAAGUGCGGGAAAAGUUUCCGUCAGCUCACGCAACUCGUUAGGCACCAGAGACUUGACACAGGAGAAAAACCCUACAAAUGCCUGACCUGUGGGAAAAGCUUCCGGGAUAGAGCCACCUGUAACGAACACCAGAGAAUCCACACGGGAGAAAAACCCUAUGAAUGCCCCGAGUGCGGGAAAAACUUCCGGUACAGCUCAGCCUUUAUUAGGCAUCAGAGAAUCCACAGAAGAUGCAAACCCUAGUGUGUCCUGACUAGGGAUAAGUGAAGUGAGUAACACUUUUGCUGAUUCCCAUGAACGUCAGCAACUCUGGCCAGGCCGUAGGGGCCAUAUAUUGGGGACAUGGAAUAGUUAAAGCAAAGAAUGUAAUCACCUUUCUGAGACAGAGGCAUGCAGAGGAAAAGGCUGAGAUAAGAUUUCCACAUUGUGAUGGGAAUUUGAUUAUUACUUCCUGAGAAGCUCUGAACAUCCACUGAUCAGCUCCUACCCACGAUCGGCCAAUUCAUUUAACAGUCUAGGAGUGCUCUUGGAUUCAUCGCUGAUGCUGAGCUCUCACGUAGCAUCAUCCAUGAGUAAUGCUUUCUGUAGUUCCUGGGUGGCAAGCAGACUCCAGCCCCUCCUAGUGGACAAAGACCCAGCCUCAGUUAUUUACACCUUCAACACUUCUGUAGCAUUGCGGUACUCCAUGCAAGAACUGCACUUAAGAAACUCCAACUAAUACAGAAGCACUGCAGUGCAUCUCCUCAGCUACACAAGCUACAGCGAGCCCAUCACACCUGUCCUUGCUCCCAAUAGUGGCUUCGCACAGAAUAUUGAAUCAAGUCCAAGGUCUUGGUCCUUAUCCAUGGAGCUCAUUGUAGAGAUACAAAAGACUGCCUUAAGCUCUGGGAUCGAGACUGGGGUCGAAAACUUCACCCCUCUGCACAAUGGAACUCUCAACAAUAAGGGUAAAGCUUGUGUGUUCAUGACACAGGUCUCUCUUGUUGGCUGGUCUGAGACUGUGGAAUGAACUCUCCAAGCAGCUAAGGACCGUCUCAAACCUUACUGCCUUCCAUGCCAAAUGCCAGGCACGUUUCAUUGACCUGCAUUCUCUAACUUAAAUGCACAAUGCCAUGUAUAUAGACAAAAAAACCCUCCACUGAGUACAUACCUCAUCCUGGAGAGAGGAUAAGAGAACAAACAGCACAUGAAAGAUGUUAAGUUAUGUGAUUAAUAUGCUACUUGGAAAGUGCUCAGAUAUUACAGUGAUUAAUGCAGUUUUAUAGCAGACCACCAGGUCUCCAUUAUAAUUAAGGUUAAAGCAGCUUUCUGUGUAUAGUUUGACUCUUGUAAGUGGUCUAAAAUCUGCACAGUUACUUGGAUUGCCAUGAAAUGUGGUGUGCCUUCUCAGGACAUGGGGUGGGGUUACUGAUCCAAAUUUGGGGUCACUGAACAAUCGGUUCCUGAGUUACACUCCCCAAAAGCAGUUUUUCUUAAGGUUCAUGGAUUCUACCAAUUUUCUUUGCACAGAGCUAGGGAUGAGGAACUGAUUCUGGCACAAGAGUCUCAGUCACUCUAGGGCUACUCCCAGAGAAUGCAUGGACUGGACCACCCCUCUGGGGGAAUAAAACUGAAAACAGUAUUAGUGAGUUUAGCUCUCAAGUUAGGUGUGUGCGUAGUGCUCCCACACCAAAUGGAUCUCACUGUGCAUGUGCUGUCUGAGAGGCCAUGGGGGUUGGUAGCCAGCUGCAACUUUCAGCAGCUGUGUGGCUCUAGGCAAAAUGUUCUGGCAAUUGCUCCAGUGUAAAUUCAAACCCAGCUGUUGGUAGAAAUCUGUAGGGAAACAUCAGAGGCAUCUUGUGACAAUCAGCCUCUAUCAAAGAGGGUCUUUUAUUUUAUUUUGGGGAAUUGUAAUCUGAGUGCAGCAGGAGAUUCAGAAGGCACUUAUGCUAUUUUUGAAAAGAAAAUAAAUUACACAUGUCAUUGCUGGGAGGGGAAGGAAGUAUUAGGGGGUGGAAGAGUGAGGGGAAUAGGGAGAAAAGGGGAGGAGGGAUAAUUAGAAGAUGGUAGGGGAGAGUGUUCUGGGGGCUUAGGUCAGGGUGAGGGGAUGGGGAUUAGGGGGACUGGAAGGGGAGAGGUUGAACACUGGGAAGGGUGAGGUGGAGGAGGGUGGCAGGGCAGGAGGCAGGGAAUAGGGGUGGGGGCACCUGUCAGUCCCACAUUCUCCCUCCCAUGUUUGUACCAGGUUCAGGGGCUCCUUACACCUCUGGGGUGUCUGAGUCCCUUUUCCUGCCCAUGUGUGUAUGCCAAGAUCUGGGGGGCUGCCUCUCUAGGGGGAGCCCCUUUUUUCUACCCAUACAUGAG